AGAGGAGAUUACAAUUGAUUCACUCUGUGUUUUAUUUAUUUAUGUCUCAGAGAUCAGCUAUGAAAUACUGUAGCUCCCUUUCCAAUUUAGAUGUUUAUCAUUUUGAUUUAUUUUGUGGAUUUAGUGCGUUUUUAGUUUGUAAUUUGUGAAUGUUUAGGGUUUACCAUUGGAGGAAAAAAGUGCAGGCCUUUUAAAAUGAAGAUAAGAUGGUUUUAGGCUGAUUCUGUCACUCUCAUCCUGUGUGUCUCAGCUGCACAUCUGCCUGUAAACUGCAAGGAUGACAGGAUUUAAUCUUCCAGCAGAUGUCAGUGUUUCAAGCCAUAAAUUUGUCCAAAACCUUAAUGAGAUGAAUUUAGAACAAAUUGUGAACCUACUGUUUUUUCCUCCCACCUGUCCUGUGUAAUUAUUUAUGUUGGUGUUAUAUUUGAUUUGAGCAACUAGCUGGAGUUGAAUGUUGACUGAAAUUUUUUUGCUCAGUUUCAUUUCAUCAUGCAAAACAACUUGCCACAUUUUCAAAAAUACUUUAUUAAUCCCAAAGGAAAAUUAAAUAAAUAAACAAACAUAAAUAAACAAACAAAUCCUCCAUGUGUGUAUGAGUGCAGAGGCCUGAAGCUGCUGGCUAACCCCUCAUUAUCCACCUUCUAAUGAUAUUUAUAGUGUCAGGUGUUUCCAGCUUCACCCAAUCCGCACCUUACAGGACCUUUUACUAACUUAGAGACCAUACAGUUUAAGUGAAGCAGUAUAUAAGCUCCACUGAGCUGACUGACUGUCUGUGCCGAGGGUAAGUUUGGUGGGAUUACUCUGUUCCCAGACCAAGAUACAACAUAAGCCUAUUCAAAUGUAAACACAAGUUAUUUUUUCCUUGAGGAUGUGAAAUAAACCUAAGCACAUUUUUAUCUGACAGCAUAGACUCUUACAAGUAGCCGAAAGGUUCCAUCUGGUUUGUGUCUGAUAAAAGCGCUUUAGUUUGUUGUGUCCCUUACACCAGUAGUUUGCAAAAUUAGGCUUGAGAUUCCACUUGGGUUCACCAAUAUGUCAGUCUUGAGAUCCUCCUCAGAAAUACUUGAAUAGUAAAAAAAAUAUAAGAAAGCCUAUUUCUUUUAGAAAUGAAUAAGAUUUCGUUGCUUGCUCUCAGUAGUGACUUUCAUUUUUGGCUAUCUUUCCAUUAAGGUAGAAUUUUCCUAGCUGAGCCAUGGAUCUCUGUAGCUCCUCCAAAGUUGCCACAGCGUUAUUGACUGCGUUUCUGGUCAUUUUGCACAUUGUCUGCCCUUCGGUUUAGGUGGCCACACAUAUGCCUUUGCACAUUUGGAGUUGUGGCAUACUAGUUCUUAUUUUGAUGGGUUAAAGCUUCCUUCAACUUGACAAUUAUUAAUCGUGUUGGUCUACUAAAUAAAACACCUAAAGAUACAGUACAGUUUAUGGUUGUAUCAUAACGAAUUGUGCAAAAGCUUAAGAGGGCAAAUGCUUUUGCAGUGACUAUAUUUUCCUCAAUAGAUGCUGUUAUUCUGAAGGAGUCCCUUCUCCGUUUCCGCUGUGUUACUGAGCCUGUUUCACGCAUGCGUGCGGGGCUUUAAAGCACUAAUUCUGAGUUAGAUCGGAAACGGACUCCCCGAGUGGACUUGCCUCAUUUUCAGCUGAGAAAAUUUAGAUUUUGUUUGUUGCAUUCUUGUAAAGGGAAAAAGUAAAUUUUUUUUUUCAGAGUCUCAGUGCGCCCAUCCAUCUCCGGAGCUGCACCGACACUCUUGCCACUGUGGUCGGUCAUCCUGCAGACUCGCAGCUUCAGCUGACCCGUCACGUCACGUCAAGAUCCGGAGAUAAACUUCUGUUUGCCAACAAGUUCUGAUGUGGCAAGCAAACUGCAGACGGAUGCAUAAUAUAGCAGACUGGAUUUCAGGGACAGUGAUGGGAGGCUGCGUGGGGAGGAGCAGGAUGGAUGGACAAGGGAGUGCCCAUGGCUCCACCAGGACUAAAAAACGUGGAGCACGCAAUGAGCCUCUCAAGAAAGACCGUCCUAAAUGGAAGAGUGAGUACCCGAUGACAGAGGGCCAGCUGAGGAGCAAGAGAGACGAGUUUUGGGAUACAGCUCCUGCCUUUGACGGACGAAAAGAGAUCUGGGAUGCACUGAGAGCAGCAGCCCUGGCUCUGGAGUGCAAUGACCUGGAGCUGGCCCAGGCUAUAGUGGAUGGAGCCUGCAUCACUCUGCCACACGGAUCUCUCACGGAGAGCUAUGAUGAACUGGGAAACCGCUACCAGCUCCCAGCAUACACUUUAGCGCCACCUAUCAACCUGAUCACUGAGACGUCUGGCGACAGCAAAAUGUCUGAAAGUGCACAAAAACAAGCUCAACCUCCACCGUCUCGAGAGGAGUUCCAGCUGCGGGUGCGAUUAUCAACAGGGAGGGAUGUGCGUCUGACAGCCAGCCUGGCGGACUCCAUUGCCCUGCUGAAGAAACAGUUGGAAAAACAGGAGGACAUCGAGGUCAUCCGCCAGCGGUGGUUCUUCUCUGGGAAGCUUCUGACAGACAAGACUCGCCUCCAAGAUGCCAAGAUCCAAAAGGACUAUGUCGUCCAAGUGAUCGUCAACAUAAAUCCUUCGGUCAUACCCAACUGAGGGAUGAAGAUCAGAAAAGGAUGUGCCAGAUAAGGCUUCAGAAACAGGAGCAGGUUUCCAGCAGGGAAAUUUUAUGUACAUUUUAUAUAAUAAAUUAUUGCUUUUAUAUCGUUCCUUUUUCUAUUUUCCCCUUUUUUCCAAAUAAAGAGAUAUUACUGAAAAGCACUGAAACACUUUAGGUGAUAAUAGCGCCCUAAGAUGCACCUCCCAGUGUCUGUCUGUUUCUGAAGAUCUUGACUUGCAGCUCUAUUGUUUACAUGGGUUCCUCUCCUCGUCUUGUUUGUUUGUACUUAUGCUUGUUGAUGAAUUAAAUGCUGCUCACCUAAGGAGAGCAAAUAAGGAAAAUCUACUCUCUUUUUUCUCUUGUGACAAAUAGAUGAGUAUUUCUAAUUGUAAACAUCAGAUACAUUUUUUUUUGUCCAUUUCAUUGUGAACAGCACAUUUUGACUAGACACUGAAUAUAAUAAAGGAACCUUUUAUAAGGUAGAAAGAGAUGAACAGAUUUGUUUUUUUAGUUCAUCAUUUCAAACAACUGUACAAACAUGCAAUAGCUUUCUGUCUAAAAUUAUGCACACUGUAAUGUCAUUUAAUAAAUGUUAUGAAUUUAAACUCA